AUCGCAGUUCGUCCAAGUUGGUCCAAGUUGGUCGUAAUCAGUAGUAGUGGUAUGUUGUGCGCGAGCGCACAUUUAUCUAUCCUUCUCCACGAUGUAAAAACUGGGAACGGCGUGGGUAUUUAGCUGGCGAGCGGGGAUCAGCGGAGUCAAUUCUGAUUCUGGUACUUCUAGUUAGUUCGCACUGUCCACAGUCGCACUUCGUAGUUAGUUACGUGCAGCUAUUUUAUUGUUAUCAAUCGUCACGUCGUAUGCCGUUAGUCAUUCGUGAGUAAUCGUGAAUGUUUGUGUGAGAUGUAACGUAAACCAAGAACAAAAUACGCAUUUCUAUUCUUUUUAUGCAAGCGGAAUCGCACGGCAUUUAUUGCGCGCGUGAAUUGUACAGAAGUGUUUAUUAUUUGAGCGCGAGAGGUCGAUCCAGGCCGAUCAGGCUUAUAUGAUUACGUGAGGGACCAAGCUUAAUAGAUAAUCUCUCGAUCUACCAAUUCAAGCAGCUUGAAUUAUCCGGAGAUUUGCUGAAUAGCAAUCAUGUGGAAACCCUUCGAACAUGGCAGUUCGCCCGUAGAUUGGUGUGAGCGCAACUACAACAUCUCUCCUAGCAUCGCCGAGUUUAUGAACACGUUUAGCAAUGUGGUCUUCGUGUUGCUUCCACCCGUGCUCAUGCACCUAUUUAGAGACUAUGCACGUUUUGUGAAUCCAGGAAUUCAUGUGUUCUGGUUUUUAUUGAUGAUAGUUGGACUUACUAGCGCAUAUUUUCAUGCUACUUUGUCUUUGAUAGGUCAACUAUUAGAUGAAUUGUCUAUUUUGUGGGUGUAUAUGGCAGGCUUCUGUAUGUUCUUUCCCAGAAGAUAUUUCCCCAAUGUCGUACAUAAUGACAGAAAGCUCUUCUCUAUAUGCGCAACGUUGCCCACUUUAAUCGCCACCGGCUUGGCCUUGAUAUAUCCGGCUAUAAAUGCUUUCGCAUUAAUGAGCCUGGGUGUACCGGCGAUUGGAUUCUUGAUCAUGGAACUGAAGAGGACUACCUCGGUAAGAGUGUACAGACUAGGGUUGCGAUGCGGCGUCAUGUGGAUACUAGCGGUGGUCUGUUGGCUAAACGAUCGUCUGUUCUGCGAUACCUGGUUGAAUCUAAAUUUCCCAUAUCUCCAUGCAUUGUGGCAUUUGUUUAUCUUCAUUGCGAGUUACACUGCGGCGGUACUCUUUGCGUAUUUCGCCGUGCAAGAUGAGAAGCCGCAGCAGUCUCCAGUGCUCAAGUAUUGGCCCAGGGACAAUUUUGAACUCGGUAUACCGUACGUGACUAUUCGAAGUUACAUCAAGUCGAAUUACAGUAUGAAUAUAUAGCUCUUAUAAUAAUUUCGAGAGCACUAAUACUGUAAUGCAUUAUUAUUUAUUACGCAAUAGUAUACUUGGUGCAACUAUAGCAAUAUUUAGCGUUUAAAUGUGCAGAUGUUUGACGUGAUGUCCCGUGAUUUACGUAAACAUUAAUUUUAUCAUAUUUUAUGCUAUAUCUCAUUUUAAAGAAUUGAUUAUAAAAUGUCUUUAAGACGAAUUAAAUUUUACAUUGUAAGAAAAAAUAUGAAAAUAUGAUAUAAAGAAAUCUCUACAUAACUGGCAUAGUGAAUACUUAUGAUUUAGUGAUAAUUUCAGAAGUCACUAUAAAUGAGCAUAUGUAAUACUUGAUUCGAGAUUAAUUUAUUAUUAUUAUAUAUGUCUUUUGAAUUAUUGUUUUAAAGAUUAUACGUUUUAUUUAUUUAACAUUUAAAAUAACUGAAAAUAUCAAUGAUUAAUAAGCGAAUUACAUGUCUCAUAGUAGCCUAAUAUCUCUACCUGAUAAUUAGCUUUCCUCCUGGUUAUAUUAAUUAUUAAAGUGUUUCCUAUAAAAAUCUGGAAUUGUUUUAUAACGAAUAUUUUUUGUUACAUUAUAAACGAUGUAAUAAGUAAUUCUGUACAUAAUUAAAAGUAGCGUAUAUAAAAAUGAUUAAUUCCUUAUGCGAAGAGAUUAUAAAAUCGCAGAUAUUUAUUACAUAUAUACAUUAGCGAAUUAGAAAUUAUUUAUGGAAUGAUUAUAUUGUGAUAUGUACUCUUGUUAACUUUUUUACAAAGGACUAUUUUAUAAAUGUGCUAUAAUACACAAAUCAUCACUAAGAAUACACAUGCGUGUGUAUUUUAUAUUUUCAAGUACCGGAAACAUGUAAAGAUGUAACAUAGAUACAUAUUAAUUAAUAGUGUCCUAUUAAUUAAAUUCUAAUUAGAAUAGAAUCUCAAAAUUCUAACGACCAUCUUAGAUAUAAGACUACAUAUGUGUGUGCAUUAAAAGAAACAUAUUACGGUAAAGGAUUUAAUUUUUUGC